AUGGCCGAGCAAGACCAGGAGGUCAACGGUCAGGGAUACGCUACCAACGGCCGCAACGGCGCGGCCAACGGUCGUAGCGAGCCCAACGGCUAUGAGUCCGCUUUCGAGGAGACCACCGAGCCGUUCGAGGGCUACGACAAGUCAGGCGGAAUGUUUGAUCCGGCCACCGGCACGUACCCCCGGAUUUCCCGCCCCGUCGAGCUGAUCCGCCCGUCGUACGACGUCGUUGUCAUCGGCUCCGGCUAUGGCGGCGCCGUCGCCGCCAGCCGCAUGGCCAGAGGCAACAAGCAGGUAUGCCUGCUCGAGCGCGGCAAGGAGAAGUGGCCCGGCGAGUUCCCGUCGGGCAUCGCGGCCUCCAGCAAGGAGCUGCACACCACGAACGCGGCCACGGAUGGAGUGCUCGGCAGCCUGGGACUGCACGGUGUCGGACACGACCCGACCGGUCUGUACCAUCUCAUCGUCGGUGAUGGGCAGAACGCGUUCGUCGCCAACGGUCUCGGCGGCACGAGCUUGCUCAACGCCAACGUCUUCCUGCCGGCGGACGACGGCGUCCUCAGCCUCCCCAUGUGGCCCGAACAGUUGAAGGGGGAUGAGCUCAAGCCUUACUACGAGCGGGCUGCCGAGGUGUUGGAGCCCAAGAAGUACCCCCAGGACUUCCCGAAGCUGGCCAAGCUCGAGACGCUCGAGAAGCAGGCCAAGCUCAUGGGCUGGGGCGACAAGUUCGACCGCGUGCCCCAGACGACGCGCUUCGAGGACGGCGAGAACAGCACGGGCGUCUACAUGCGGGCGUCGACGCUGUCGGGCCAGGACACGACGGGCCUCAACGACGGCAGCAAGUCGACGACGCUGGUCAACUACCUCAGCGACGCCUGGAACUGGGGCGCCGAGAUGUUCUGCCAGUGCGAGGUCCGCUACGUCACAGAGGCCGAGGACCGCGAGGGCUACAUUGUCCACUUCGCCUGGCACGGCGGCAAGCGCGCCAACUUCAAGGACAUCUUCUACGAGGACCUCAUGUGGGUUCACGCCAAGGAGCUGGUCUUCUUCGGCGCCGGGAGCAUCGGCACCACCGAGAUCCUGCUUCGCAGCAAGAAGUUUGGUCUGCAGAUGAGCAACGACGUCGGUCACGGCAUGAGUGGCAACGGAGACAUUCUGGCGUUCGGUUACAACACCAGCGAGUACGUCAACGGCAUAGGUCGACCGGAUCCCCCGCCAAACCGCCCUGUCGGACCUUGCAUCACGGGUAUUAUCGACUGUCGUCACGACCUGGACAACCCUCUCGAUGGAUUUGUCAUUGAGGAGGGCGCCGUCCCCGCGGCCCUGGCCCCCUUCUACCGGCUAAUGCUCACCUACCUCCCGUACAGAAAGUUCCCUUCCAACAUCUCCAUCAAGGGCAUGUUUGGCCAUGUCGCUGCAGCCUACGGGAGUCGGAUCUUUGGGCCUUACUUCGCCGAGGGGAGCACGGAGAAGACCCAGUGCUAUCUCAUCAUGUCUCACGACAGCAGCCAAGCAACGAUGCAACUGCACAAGGACCGAAUCAUGAUCAACUACUCCGGUGUUGGAAAGUCACACAGAGCCAAGAAGCUGGCAGGCUACCUGGCCAAGCUCACCAACUUGAUCGGCGGCAUCUAUGUCGACAGCCCCUUCUACGCCGCGUUCGGCGAGAAGGAGAUUACCGUGCACGCGAUCGGUGGUGCCCGCAUCAGUAACGAUGACACGGGAGCCAGCGGUGGCGUUAACGACAAGGGCCAGCUCUUCGUCGGCGAGGGCCGAGAAGUGCACAAGGGGCUGGUUGUCUGCGACGGCACCAUCGUUCCCGCAGCUCUGGGAGUUAACCCCUUCGCCACCAUCACGGCCCUGGCCGAACGGUCCGUCGAGAAGGUUGCUGAAGAGUUUGGUAUCAACGUCGACUUGAAGACGAAGAACGGUUCCCUGAACCUCUUUGCCGAGCCCGCCUACAACCAGUUCGAGCACGAAGACGACAACUUCCAAGUGGCCAGGGUCCGAGAGAUCAUCAAGACGGCCCGGGAUGACAAGACCCCCGGUAUUGCCUUCACGGAGAUGAUGGACGGAUGGAUUCACUUCGGCGAGGAUGCCGAGACACUUGACUUUGAGCGAGCCACAGAGACCGCCAAGAGCCGUGGCGAAUACGCCCGGUUCUUCCUCAGCGCCAGGUCAUGGAACACCCACAACCUUGUCAACGACAAGGAGCACGAGGCCAACCUCACGGGCACCUUCACCUGCCCGGCACUGGGGGGAACCUCGAUGGUGCAGGGAGGCAAGUUCCAGCUCUUCAACGACGACCCGCGGUCCCCGGACACGAUGAACCUCACGUACAACUUCCUCGUCUCCCAGAAGGACGGCAGCAAGCUGCACUUCAACGGCUACAAGGUGGUCAACUCGGACGUCGUCUUCAACCCGCUCAACCUCUGGAAGGCCACGACGACCCUGUACUGCACCAUCACCGAGGUCGACGACCAGGACCAGCCCAUGCCGGACCACGUGCGCGGCAAGGGCGUCAUCCACAUCCGGCCGACCAAGUUCCUCCAAGAGUGCACCACCAUGGAGGCCACGGGGUCGACCCUCUACGCAAAGGUCGCGUCGACGGCCAACUUCCUCGGCUACUUCACGGCCAAGGCGGCCGGCGCGUUCCUCACGCCCUUCAUCCCGCAGCAGUGGCCCUCCCUCCCCUUCCACAGCUACCAGAACCCGACGCCUUGGUCCGAGGAGAUGACGGUCGAGGCCAACGACCGCGUCAAGACCAAGUUGUACAUGUGGGGGCCGCAGGGCCUCUCGGGCCAGGCGGCCGACGACGCCCCGAUCCUGCUCCUCAUCCCCGGAGCCGCCGUCGACCACCAGAUCUUCGCGCUGCCGACCAUCGACAAGAACGCCGUCGGCUACUUCCGCAGGAAGGGCUACCGCGUGUACUCCAUGGUCCACCGCGUGGGCAAGACGGUCGUGGCGCAGCAGAACUGGACCACGUUCGACGCCCGCCGCGACAUCCAGGCGGCGCUCAAGAAGAUCCGCGAGAAGCACGGCAUCAAGGACAAGCCGGACGGCUCCGGCCCGUCCCACAUGACGUACGUCGUCGCCCACUGCGCCGGCUCGGUCGCCCUGGCCUCCGGCCUCCUCGACGGCACCAUCCCCCGCCAGUGGCUCAGCGGCGUGACGGCGUCGCAGGUGUUCAUGAACCCCAAGUUCGCCAAGGUCAACAAGAUCAAGGCCAGCAUGCCCAUCUCCAUGGCCAACAUCUACAGCCUGGCCCAGGGCAAGUGGUUCGACUGCACGAGCACCCCGCGCGACGGCUACGUCCAGCAGGCCAUCAACCAGGUGCUGCGCUUCUACCCGGUCGGCCACCGCCACGAGAUCUGCAACUCGGUCGUCUGCCAUCGCAGCUCCCUCGUCUUUGGCCGUCUAUGGUCGCACAAGGGUCUCAAUGAGGCCACGCACUCCCAGCUGGAGAACUUCGUGGGAGGCACCUCGAUGGCGAGCCUGAACCACCUCAUGUUCCAGGGGACGCACGAUUACGCGACGGACUCGCAGAAUGAGAACCUCGUGACGCCGCAGAACAUCGCCCGGCUCAAGGGCCUGCCCAUCUUCCUCUUCUCGGGUGCCGACAACGACGUGUACGCGCCCGAUAACACCGACAUCUCCUUCACCACGCUCAGCGAGGCCAACGGCGGCGGCUUCUACGAGCGCCAGGUGUUCAAGGGCCGCGGCCACCUGGACGCCUGGAUGAGCCCGACCGCCCACAAGGACGUCUUCCCCCGCGUCCUGCACCACAUCGAGAAUGUGCAGAGGGGCAAGUACGACGCCCUGAGGAAGGUUAUCGCGAAGCCCGAGGGCCUGAAGUACUAA